CGCGCGGCUCUCGGCACUCUCGGCGCGCGCGCGUCCAUGGAUUACACGCUCUCCGUGCACGUGCAGCAGCAGCUCACCGUGUACCCCACGCACCUGCAGCGCGCGUACAGCCUCCAGCUACAGAUGAAGUCGACGGAAGUGGACCAGGGCCUUUUCACAGACAGCUACUGCAAAGUGUGCAGUGCUCAGCUCAUCUCCGAGUCUCAGAGAGUCGCCCACUACGAGAGUCGAAAACAUGCAAACAAGGUGCGUCUCUACUACAUGCUGCACCCGGUGGACGGAGGCUGCCCAGCCAAGAAGCUACGAACAGACAACGGCAGUGAGGAAGGAGAUGUGGAUAAGAAUAAGUGCUGCACGCUGUGUAACAUGUCCUUCACCUCGGCUGUAGUGGCUCAGUCUCACUACCAGGGCAAAAUCCACGCCAAGAGAAUCAAACUGCUGCUGGGAGAACAGCCUGCAAUUACAGUGAAAGAGGGACCACCCAGUCCUGCGAAGACGCCCUCUGAAAGCUCGCCGGUGAGUUCGCCCCGGCUGAAUGGGGACUCGGAUCGGUACUGCCAGCUGUGCAACGCUUGGUUCAACAACCCGGGAAUGGCCCGGCAGCACUACGACGGCAAGAAACACAAGAAGAAUGCAGCGCGUGCCGACCUGCUGGAGCAGCUGGGCAAGACGCUGGACAUGGGCGAGAUGAAAGGUCUGAAACGCAGUUACACUUGUGAUGUGUGCAGCGUUACGCUCAACUCCGUGGCACAGUACCAUGCACACCUGCAGGGCUCCAAGCACCAAAACAACUUAAAGAACCAGUUAUGCGUCCAGUGAAGUCGUCUUCGGGGAAGGAAUCUAGAUCUCGGAUUGAUGUCAGACAAGCUUUGAUCAGCUUGCCCUGAAUUUUCUGCCUCAUCUUUAUUUCUCUCUCUCUCUCUCUGUCUGUCUCUCUGUCUGUCUCUCAACCUCUCUCUACAGUUUCUCUAUCUCUGUAGCCCCUCCCACAUUUUUUCAUCCAACCGUGUCGUCCUCUUCGUCUCUCAGACAAAAUGAAAACGUCUGAAAGGAAUUUUUUUAGACUCAUAGCGUUUUUUUUCCAGUUGCCGUUGGCCAACAAGUUCUUGUCGUCUUCAUCGUCAUAAUUUGCUGCUACUUUCCCGACCAACACUGGUUCAAUACUGGUCCUGAAGCACCACACUGUCCAUGGCUUGGCUUUGUUCUACUGGAGUAAAGACAUGGAGCACCAUGGACAGCGCCGCCACAUCCAUCCAUCCCUUAUUAUUUACAGCUCCACGGUAACCAACGAUGUCUUUUAUCGCCCAUUCGUGAAACUGUAGGGAUCCGUGGGUUCGAUAAACUGAACUUUUGCAUCAAAUUCAAAUUCAGCCAAUCAGCUGCUGUGUGCUGUGCAUGACCAAGAACAACAUCUACAACAACAAACACUAAAAAAAGGUUUGGUAGCACUUUACUACUUUACAGAUCGGUAAUAAGUGGGUAAUAAAUGGUAAUAAUAUGGUAACAAGUUGUAUUUAUCCACAAAUUAAAUAUUUCUAAUUAAAUUUCCUAAUUAUUACUGAUGAAUAAAUAAAUAAGUAAUUAUGGAAUGAAAAAACCUGCAAAAAAUGGGUAAUAAAAUUAUAAUAAUAAUGUAACAAGUUGUAUUUAUUCAUAAAUUAAAUUAAAUUAAAUAUAAAAGUCCUUCUUGUUACUGAUUAACAAAUAAAUAAGCUAUUGCGGAGGAAAUAACUCCAUAAAGAAUAAAUGGGUAAUAAUAUUAUAAUAAUAAUGUAACAAGUUGUACUUAUCCACAAAUUAAAUAUAAAAUUCCUACUUGUUAAUGAUUAAUAAAUAAAUAAGAAAUUGUGGAAGGAAAAAAAAAACUGCCAAAAAUGGCUAAUAAUAUUAUAAUAAUAAUGUAACAAGUUGAAUUCGUCAAUAAAUUUAAUAUAAAUUUCCUACUUGUUAAUGAUUAAUAAAUAAAUAAUAAAUUGAAGAGAAAAUAACUAGGUAAAAAAUGGACAAUAAUGUUAUGAUAGUAAUGUAACAAGUUGUAUUUAUCCACAAAUUAAAUAUAAAUGUUCUUCUUGUUAGUAAGUAAUAGCUCUGUAAAAAAAAAAAAAAAAAAAAAAAGUCAUUGUAGUUGUAGUCAAAAAAAAAAAAAAUAUAUAUA